AAAAUAAGCAUGAUAAUUUAUUUAUAGCCGAACUUAUACAAUACUGAAACAUUCAUUGAAAAAUAAAACUGCUUCUACAUUAUCGACUAACAGUCACAAGCAUAAUCAUAAGUUCUCGGCAAAAACACCAACUGGAUAAGAACAAAAUCACCAAGAUUAAGAGGGACGAUGAGCAUGCGAUGAUACCUACCUACCAUAUGACAGGCUCGGCCACCACUGAAAACAGCAAGCGACUUGUGUAAACUGACAGCUAUCAUAAAAUAUUGUGCAAUAAACAUCGGUGCCGAGGAUAAGCAUAGAGCUUUAAGCAAAACCCCAGCUCAACUAAUCCUUGUUGGGCUACAUGUCGCCGACAAAAUGUGCUUCGGCCCGUUCAAGAGGAUUUGCAAUUGGGGACCACUUACUGCUCUCGGUACUCUUCGGAAAGCUAAAUUUAUUUCAGUUUUGCUUUUUAAGCUGUUUAGUGUCGUUUCCUGCCUCCGAGAUCCAAAAUAAUCAUGACUCAUUGAAUGUUCUGUACAGAGUAAUGAUGUAUAAGUUUAUACCGCGUUUGUGAUGCAGCGGAUGCACAGUGUAUCAAUAUUUAUAAUAAAAAUUAUCACAUUGAUGAGUAUCCAUUGUAGCAGGCAAUGGUGGAGUCCCAAUAAAAGCGCUUUGUCUGAUAUUAGUUUUAUAGUAUUUAUUACUUUUAGUGGCUUGACAUUGUAUCAUUUUAUUAAUUCUAUUUAUGAAGGACCUGGAUAUCUCCCGUUUAAUUGGGUUCCGGAAAAUGAGAAUGACUGCCAAUUUUUGCAAUUUUGUACUGUAUGCCAAGGAUAUAAAGCUCCUCGCUCACAUCACUGUCGAAAAUGUGGUCGCUGUAUUUUGAAAAUGGAUCACCAUUGUCCAUGGAUAAAUAAUUGUGUUGGUCAUUAUAACCAUGGUUAUUUUACUGCAUUUUUAGCGAGCGCUGUUGCUGGAUGUUGUGUUUCAACUUACAUAAUGGUUAAAUGGUUGCUAACUGUUUUUUCCACACGACCCCUGCCAUUUCAACCACCUUCUGUAUUUAUAGUAGUUUCAGUUCUUUUUAGUAUUGGUCUGUCAAUUGGAGUUGUAAUAGCAGUAGGAAUGCUUUUAUAUUUUCAGAUACAUGCAAUCAUCAAAAAUCAAACGGGAAUAGAGUGCUGGAUCUUGGAAAAAGCAAAUUAUAGAAGAUCUACUACUGCUGAACAAUUUGUUCAUCCAUAUUCAAAGAAUUGGUUAUUUAAUAUUAGACAAGUGCUUUCAUGGCACUGUUCUGCUCCUGGUGAUGGGAUCAACUGGCCGGUUGUAGAAGGCUGUGAUCAAUAUACAUUAACCCGAGAACAAUUGGCACAAAAGCAAGAAAAACGGAAGCGAGCAAAAAGAUAUAGAGUGAUAGCGCGUGCAACAGGAUCAUGGGUUCCUAUUGGCCACGGGCUUAAAGUGCUUUGUUCGCCACCAAUCACUGACGAAGCUCGAAUUAAGCUAGAAAUUGGCGACACUGUAAUUGUAACACGAUGGCGCAAUAACUGGUUAUUUGGCGAGAAAGAAAGUCUGACAGUAAUCACCGAUGGCAAAGAUAACCGAAUUCGAGGCUGGUUCCCUCGUCCUUGUGCGAUUCCUGUUAAUAGUGAAAAGGAUAAAGAUUUAGAUAAUUAUUUUGAAAAUGAUUUAGAUGUACAAUAUCUUAUUCCAAAUGUGUCGCCGACAUCGAAAUCUAUGCAAACAGAACUGAACUAUGACCAUAGCGUACAAAAAGUGUCAGUAGGUAAUAAGAAAAAAAACAAAUGACAUUUGUAAUUUCUAUUAAGACGUUUCAUUGAGGAACAAAUUGACUUAUACAUUUACUGAUAUUUGCGAAAUGUACAUCAACUAAGGAUAUUGUCGAAAUUGAUGAACUUUUCACCUACAAAGAAUAUCGCAAGUAAAAAAACGUUAUAAUUAAGUUAUAGUUACAAACUUUUUGUACCGCAAAAUAAUCGUAGAUUCUUGGAUAAAUAUUUUUGGUAUUUUCAGUACAUUUUAAUACGAAUUAAUUUAUCAUCGAUUUAAUUAUUUAAAGUAACAUGAUAUCAGAAAGUGCCUGAAACAUUUGACGUAAAUCUUUAAAAGAAUCAUCAAUUUUGACAGAGUAUCCUCUAUUUUGGCAUUCUAUUUAGAAGACACGUUAUGUCGCACACGUCCGUAACACAUACGCACCAGCAAAACCUCAUUCGCCGAUUUGCAAAUGCCAGCCCGCGCACUCAUCAAUAGAAGCAUUCGCAUCAGCCGACAAAACGUCGUCGUCAUAUAUCAACGCAUCACCAAAUAGGACCAGUCCGAAAGAGAACGGCAAACGCGUAAUCGCCUCAGCGCAGUUGAUUAUUCCGGCGCGUGCACCUCUACCUCUACACAUACGCGUGCAUGCACGUAAAACAGGUGUUGGUUCAAAAAGGCGGGCACGUACGUCUGGAUUUGAAGCGCGUCAAUUAUCUAGCGUACAGCUGAGCUCCAUUGAGGGGCAAUCAGGCUUCGCUUUUCUCCGACGCUGCUGCGGCGACGAAUAUUCGGAUAAAUUCAUUCUGCCGGUGCUCUGCGUUAUUCCGCUCGGAAUAUUUUACCGCAACGGCGCGCUCGAAUUGUCGACUGCUGCCACCACCGCUGAGGAAAAUCAAUAUGCUAGUGUGAAAAGUUGUAUUUACGCGCUUGUACACACGUCCACGCGGCCCGGCUAUACAUGUAGGCACAUUUUCUUUCGUGCAAGCCGUACUAGAUUGCUGCCUUUUUACGGGGACACCGAGGAAAGCUUGGAAACAUUGCAGGGUGGUUUGCUACCCAAAGAGAAAGAGAGAAAGCAAAAAGGUCGCACGCAACUCGAUCGGCUGUCACGCAGGUUCUAUACUGGGUUACUACUCAUUUCUUUCUUUCUCUUUCGGUUAUCGACGAUUAUGUGAUGUUAGACGUAUAUGCAGUGAGUUUAGUAUUUUCUUGUUUUACGAGGCAUACGUCAGGCUUUUUGAAAAAAUCGUAUGUUUAUAAUUUCUUAAUGGACACGCAUUACUGAAUGCUCAAAGAGAAUGCAUAUUUAUAAUAAUCGAAUUCGUAAGUUUUAAUUUGUGCGCUCGUAUAUGUACAUACAGUGACAUGUAUGCGAACAAAAUUGUGUCUCUGAUUAAACACUCAAAUAUGCCAAUUUCUCUGUAGUGAUUUCAGGCGAGAGAAGAAAAAUAAUUUCCUUCUCAUUCAUAUGUAUACGUGUAGAGCGUGUUGAAUCGGGUGUGCGUGACCGAACCAAACAGCGAGAGAGUGAAAAAGAGGAAGAGAGCGAGAAAUGUGCGACCUUUCCGACGAUCUAUACGUGUAUAAUGGAUAAUUUCUAUACUAGGGAUUUAUAUUGUAUACGUAGGUUGUGCACGUGUGGGUACAUAAUUCUUUCUUUGUAUGACGCAUGUGUGCGAGUGCUUGCGUUUUAUACAUCAGUGCUUGUAUACACAGAGGCGGAGCGCGAUGAUUUAUCGUGGAACGCUAUGGAUGUUCGUGUCGGGAUGUGAAGUUCUUGUCAAGAGGUCGUCUCUUUCUAUCUUACUCGCGAGCGAGUUCUUUUAUUCAUGCGUUCGAUUUUUUCCCUCCGAGUUUUGUUUUCUGCUCGUUCUUCCCCUUAGCAGGGAUGUGAUAGGCACUGUUUGAACGCUCAGAUUGGUGGAACCGCAUAAGGGUCGAACGAUAAAAAACUUCAUUGUUUAGUAUAUAAAUUCAAUUUUUGUUAUUUUUUAGAAGGAACAAAAUGUUUUGAGUAUGUUAUAGUUUUUUACUUUAUUGUAUUCGAGUAUCGUCAGAUCACUAUUUUCAAACAGUAUUGCGAAUCGCGCAGUAUAUAACCAGGUAACCAGGGUUUAUGGAUCAGGGAAAGAUUUGGCGUUGAACGUAAACUAACUCUUAAUAAAAACGAGUAACAAUAUUUUAACGGUGUGUUGUAUAGUCAUUAUAGUAUCGAUAUUUAAACGAGGUACAAACUGAUGUAAUUACGCUGUGUUGGAAUUGAUUAUUUAUUUAUAAUUAAUCCCACACAAAAAUGUGUCAAAUACAAGUAGAACCAACGAAAAACCAAAAGAAACAUUAAUUAAUGUAUAAGAGCUAAAUAUUCGUGCAUGAUUAUAGAUUUGUAGGGCAAAGCUUGCUGAACAAAAUACAUUUCUAAGCAAUAGCAAGGAAGAGUUUGUUGGUCUUCCUUGGUUACGCCAUAUCUAAAAUGAAACUAUAUGCGAAGAAUUGAUCAAGCUCUUGAAGUGCAAAUAUUUUUACGGCAAAUGUCUGUAUCGACUGAAAAAGAAUAUAAAUUAACAUAUUGUUUUCAUCAUGUCA